AUGUUUGUGUGUGCCUGUUCAAACCCCUCACACCUGAGAGAGCUGGAUCUGAGCUACAAUCACCCAGGACAAUCAGGAGUCCAGCUGCUCAAACACAAACUGCAGGAUCCAAACUAUAAACUGCAGAUACUCAAUUUGAAUCAUGGAGAACGUUUCAGGAUCAGACCAGGACUGCAAAAAUAUGCCUGUGAUCUCACACUGGAUGCAAACACUGCAAACACUAAACUCAUCCUGUCUGAGGACAGCAGGAAGGCGACGCUUGUGGAAGAGCAUCAGCCGUAUCCUGGUCAUGCAGAGAGAUUUGAGCACUAUGAGCAGGUUCUGUGUGGAGAGAGUCUGACUGGACGCUGUUACUGGGAGGCUGAAUGGAGCGGCUGGGUUGACAUAGCAGUGACAUACAGAGGAAUCAGCAGGAAAGGAAGAAGUGAUGACUGUGAUUAUGGACUCAAUGAUAAGUCCUGGAGUUUGAGCUGCAUUAAGGGCAGAUACACUGUCUGGUAUGAUAAAAUCAGCACUGAUAUUCCUGUACCUUUACCACAAUCGAACAGAGUAGGAGUGUAUCUGGACGUGUCGGCCGGCUCUCUGUCCUUCUACAGGGUCUCUGACACACACACUCUCACACACUUACACACACUCAACACCACAUUCACUGAACCCCUCUACGCUGGGAUUGGGGUUUUUUAUAAUAACUGCUCAGUAUGUCUGUGUCAGAUUUAGCAACCUACAGGAGAGCACAACAAAUAAUAUUUCUCACACACCAAGUUAUAUAUAUAAGUCUCUCCUUACCUUAGAGUUU